AUGAGUUCCAUCCCCGCCAACAGCGUUACCUGCUCCAUAUGCCUCGAGCACUGGGUAGAACCGACGGAGUGCCUGCCAUGCAGGCACAUAUUCUGCAAGAAGUGCAUAUCCAGAGUAGAACGGUGUCCUUUGUGCCGCUCGCACAUAAGGGAAAUGAUGAGUGCUAAUCGCUUCCUGCUUGAGGCGGUGGAAGGCGUUGUUGGGCAUGACGGGGUUGAACAACGGGUAAGGAAUGCAGAGCAGCGAGCAGAGGAGGCAGAGAAAAUUUUGGCGGAGAUCGCUGGGCCGUUUUUGGAAACAGACAACGAAACAUGUUGGGAGGCGAAGGCAAGGGAGAAUGCAGAAAAGGUCAUCGGAGGCCUCCGGUCCCAGCUGGAGUGUCUAAGAGCGAAGAAACGCGGUAUGGAAGCAGCCAUAUCGAAACUGGAAGCGAGCAAGAGAAAUUGUGCGCGGGGUCCGGAUGUAAAUCAUUUUUUGCAUUGCCUUUCGGGUGCCACACUGCUUCCGCAGUUGAUAUCAACCUUUGCCCCAACUUCAACUUCGCGCGCCGCCAUGGGUGUUGCAGCGAGAGCGGCGUUGGGGAUGGUGACGGGAGGUCCUUUGGGGGCGGUCGCCGCCGCAGCAUUUGCGGGGGAGUCGAGUGGGAGGCAAGGAAAUGAUGAGAUAGAUGAAGAAAUACGAGUGAAAACAGCAGACCUGCGGAUUUUGGAGCGUGAGAUCGAGAACAUCGAGGCCAACUUGCGUUUGGAGGAAGAGAAGGAGAAUCGAAGGCAGUAUUUUGUGGGGUUGAUAAGGUCAAUGGGACAAAAUUCGGAGCGCGGGAUGGGACAAUCAUAG